AUGAGUUCUAGUGACCUCGGGUCUUCUGAUCAGGAGUCGGAUUCUCACAAGCCUCACACCCUUUCUCUCGAUAAUCAUUGUCUCGGCAUCGAUGAAGCACAACUACUUGUUCAGGGACAAAUUCAAGACGCCUACUUCAAUUAUUGCCAAGAAUGGGAUUCGUUCGUUGCCCUGCUCGGCUCCCUUCAUUCCAAACCUCGCCUCUAUCAUCUCAUCAUUGUUGCCAGUGAAGAGGACCUUCCAUCUCUCAGAAUAUUUCUCGAACUUCUUGAACCUGGAUUAGAGACACUUUGCCUGCUCGUGGAUUUCACCCACGGUGAAUUUUCGGAAUACCGAUAUCCAAUAAGUAAUGAACUGAUAUUGAAACAUUCUUCUACGCUUCGACACUUCGGCAUACUCGAGCGUACUGGCCCUAGUGCAGAUGAAGCGAGUAUUGUGAUCGGGGGAGAUGAUUUCUCUUUUAUCAAGCCGAUUCUUGAGGCCUGCAACCUGAAAGAAUUAUCCAUGCCAGUAGAUGUCGAGAUUCGUGACGGCGACGAUUGCAUAGUUGGGGGGGAUUUCGACGGCCUUCCGUUGGAUAAUCUUGAGACUUUGUACUUGGUGCCAGAAGUUUGGCCAUCCGUGGUAUGGUCCAUGGGAUGUGAUGGGAGGUGGCGAUACCCCAGAAUGGAAUUUGUAUUGGCAAACUUCUUGCGGAACGUAAUCGGGAUCAGACCGAAUAGACCAAACCUGAAAUAUAUCUGUCUUGGGGGCAAUGCUGAUCAUAACCCGGAUGAAUUCACAUACGGAAUUAAAUGGAGGAGGAACAGAUUGGUGGGAAGGAAAACGGUAUGGUAUCCAAUAUUGGAGGAGGUGAGCUUUGGAAAACUGAAUAAAAAGUUAUGGCCGGCGUUUUUCUCCGGGGAAGCUUAA